UAUAAUAUAAAUUCCGACGGAACCCGUGCGAUAGCACGGGUAUCCACUGGUUUAUGCAAACGGAAGACCAUUGUCUUCUUCCUUGGAACCUCAACACCAAAUUCGAACCAGCUAGAUGAAAUUUAUACGUUGCUCAAUAUCAAAUUAGCUCCAACCCUAAAUUCAUUCCUUCAAUUUUCUUAUUUCACCUCCAAAUUCAUUCCCUUCAAACCCUAAAUUUGAUCUAUCACCUCCAUCAAAUCCUAAAAAUCCAUUGAUUUUCCAUCACAUCCUCUGAACCCUAAUUCCUUCUAAUAGCGACGAGGCCAGUAUUCACGAAGUUGUUCGGCUUCACGAUGAGGUUACACGGAUGAUGUCCUCUACAUUCUGAUCGUUGUUAGACUUCAAGGUCACUGUCACCGGAAUUCCUACGAAAUCGUUUUCAAGGAUUAGCUUGUGAAGCACUUGCUGGAGUGAUUUCACUUGCAUCUUCUGAAAUUGAUCAGAAUAAGACAUAAUUUUAGUUGUCUAAGAGGGAAGGAAGCAUCAGGCAGGAUUACUACAUCAUUUUGUUUGAUCUGAAACUGUCCAUCCAGAUUGCCAAUGGGGAAAAAUGACUUUCUCACACCUAAGGCAAUUGCCAAUCGAAUUAAAGCAAAAGGACUGCAGAAGCUUCGGUGGUAUUGCCAGAUGUGUCAGAAGCAAUGUCGUGAUGAGAAUGGUUUCAAAUGCCACUGCAUGAGUGAAGGGCACCAGCGUCAAAUGCAAAUUUUUGGACAAAACCCAACCCGUAUAAUUGAGGGCUAUACCGAAGAAUUUGAGACUACUUUUCUUGAGCACAUGAAGCGUAGCCAUCGAUUUAGCCGUGUGGCUGCGACUGUAGUGUAUAAUGAAUAUAUAAAUGAUAGGAACCAUGUUCAUAUGAACUCCACCGAGUGGGCUACACUUACAGAAUUUGUUAAGUACUUAGGUCGAACUGGAAAAUGUAAGGUUGAAGAAACACCCAAGGGAUGGUUCAUUACAUACAUAGAUAGAGAUUCAGAAACCCUGUUCAAGGAGAAGCUGAAGAAUAAGAGAAUCAAGGCAGAUUUGGUAGAUGAAGAAAAACAAGAGAAGGAGAUCCAAAAACAAAUUGAAAGGGCUGAGCAAUUGAUGCAGCUAUCUAAUCCAGAGUCCGAUCAGCCUUCACAGGUAGAGACUACAAGGGAACUAAAUGCAGAAGAUGGAAUUAAGAUAGGAUUUUCUCUUGGGUCGUCUGCUAAACCUAUAGCCAAGGAUAAAGGCGAGGCAUCAAGGAUGGCGUUUGACGAGGUUGAUGAAGAGAAAUACGAGGAAAAGAAUCCUGUAAACAAUUUAAAGAGGAAAGAAAGUGGUGGUGGAAAAUCAACUUUAGAUGAAAUGAUCAGGGAGGAAGAGAGGAAAAAGGAAAAAAUCAACAGGAGGGAUUAUUGGUUGCAUGAGGGAAUUGUUGUUAAGGUUAUGAGCAAAGUCUUGGCAGAGAAGGGGUACUACAAACAAAAAGGUGCUGUGAGAAAAGUGAUUGACAAGUAUGUAGGGGAAAUAGAAAUGUUAGAAAGCAAGCAUGUGCUCAGAGUUGAUCAGGAAGAGCUUGAAACUGUGAUACCUCAGGUCGGGGGACGUGUAAAAAUAGUAAACGGGGCUUAUCGUGGAUCACAUGCUAGACUGCUUGGGGUGGAUACAGAUCGUUUUUGCGCGAAGGUGCAGAUAGAGAAAGGUGCUUAUGACGGUCGAGUGCUUAAGUCCGUGGAAUACGAGGACAUUUGUAAAUUAGCCUAGUAAGAUUGAAUGAAUGAUAUUUUUCAUGAUUCUGUAAGUUGCAGGAGGAGUUGGAAAGCUUGUUGUUAUGUAUUAUGCAGAAGCUCUAAAUUCCAGUGUCAUCUUUAUUGCAUAAAUUAAAUUACGGUGAUUAUAUUUUCUUCUA